AUUUCGUUCAGGGCUCACUAACACCGCCGCCGCAAUUCUGAUUAUUUUGCAUUUUGAAGCAAACAAAUUGUUAGAGAAGUGACGGGCACGCAAUCCGUGGCGUUGCCGCCGGAUCGCUGGCUGCCUACGGCAGAUCGGCACCGAUGUGCAUUCCUCAAGUUCAGGAGUAAUCGACCAAGAUACGUGGCAAAAGGUUAAUGAAGUCGCAAAUCAAAUACAAGUGUAACUAAAUACAAAUAAAAAAAAUUGGAAAAAAUAAAGAAAAUUAAAUAAUGGAUACCAUAACGAAAUCGAUAACAAACCCGCCGAAAUCCGAUGAUGCCUCUCAACUCGGAACUGUAACGUAGUGUAAUUUCUAGUUUAUUUAUAAAGUGGAACAUACAAAUACAUAAAUAUUUACAAGUACAAAAUCUAACAUCGAAAUGAACAUUAAGGCUUAAUGCAUAAGGAUACGACUUUGUCAGUGCUUUCUUCAAUUUAAUUAUCGAAGUAUAUCGAAAAUAUUUGCUAAUGCAAUAAUACCAAAGCAAAUAGGAAAAGAAAACAAUUGAAAAAAUUUCUCAAUUCCAAUACCAAUACUUAAACAAACUCGACACUCGACAAUUGGGAAUCAUGAUGCUAACAACGGAGCACAUCAUGCAUGGACAUCCCCACUCAUCUGUGGGAGUGGGAAUGGGCCAAAGUGCGCUAUUCGGAUGCUCGACAGCUGGACACAGUGGAAUUAACCAGUUAGGUGGUGUGUAUGUUAACGGCAGACCCCUCCCCGAUUCAACACGCCAAAAAAUUGUUGAGUUGGCUCACUCCGGCGCACGUCCAUGUGAUAUUUCUCGAAUACUUCAAGUUUCUAACGGCUGCGUUAGCAAAAUCUUGGGCAGAUAUUACGAAACUGGAUCAAUAAAACCCCGAGCAAUAGGUGGUUCAAAGCCACGAGUAGCUACAACACCUGUCGUACAAAAAAUAGCUGAUUAUAAAAGGGAAUGUCCCAGCAUAUUUGCAUGGGAAAUUCGGGAUCGACUGCUUUCGGAGCAAGUAUGCAAUAGUGAUAAUAUUCCAAGCGUUUCAUCUAUUAAUCGGGUGCUACGCAAUUUAGCGUCACAAAAGGAGCAGCAGGCGCAGCAGCAAAACGAGUCUGUUUAUGAAAAGCUUCGAAUGUUCAAUGGACAAACUGGCGGCUGGGCCUGGUAUCCAGGAAAUACGACGACGGCCCACUUGGCAUUACCACCAACGCCCACGGCGGUACCCACGAAUUUAUCUGGGCAGAUAACCCGUGAUGAAGUUCAAAAACGAGAUCUUUAUCCAGGGGAUCUCUCUCACCCCAAUUCACAUGAGAGUACAUCAGACGGUAAUUCCGAUCACAAUUCUUCGGGCGACGAAGAUUCACAGAUGCGUCUACGACUGAAGCGUAAACUGCAGCGAAAUCGAACCUCAUUUACAAACGAACAAAUUGACAGCCUGGAAAAAGAAUUCGAACGGACGCAUUACCCUGAUGUUUUUGCACGGGAGAGGCUAGCAGAAAAAAUUGGUUUGCCAGAGGCACGUAUUCAGGUUUGGUUCUCAAACCGCCGAGCUAAAUGGCGUCGAGAAGAAAAGUUGCGCACCCAAAGACGCUCAGUCGACAAUGUUGGGGGCACCAGCGGACGUACAAGCACAAAUAAUCCCUCCGGAAGCAGUGUCCCUACCAAUGCCACAACGGCUAACAAUUCGACAUCCGGAAUUGGUACAUCAGCUGGCUCAGAGGGAGCAUCAACAGUACAUGCAGGCAACAACAACCCAAACGAGACCUCCAAUGGGCCGACAAUACUUGGCGGUGAUGCGAGCAAUGUACAUAGUAAUUCCGAUAGCCCACCUUUGCAAGCUGUAGCGCCCCGUUUACCCUUAAAUACUGGUUUCAAUACAAUGUACUCAUCUAUCCCGCAACCGAUCGCCACCAUGGCUGAAAACUACAACUCGAUGACACAAUCAUUGAGUUCAAUGACGCCGACAUGUUUACAACAGAGGGAUAGUUAUCCAUACAUGUUUCAUGAUCCGUUGUCCUUGGGAUCUCCCUAUGCUGCCCACCCCCGAAAUACAGCUUGUAACCCAGCAGCGGCUCACCAGCAGCCGCCACAGCACGGAGUCUAUGGAAACGGCUCUGCAGUAGGCACAGCCAACACAGGCGUAAUAUCUGCUGGCGUUUCGGUACCUGUACAAAUAUCAACUCAAAAUGUUUCGGAUUUGACUGGCAGCAAUUAUUGGCCGCGACUUCAGUGAUCCUCAAUCUUUAAUUUGCCAACAGAUCUGCUUUCAAAAGCGGCAGCGGUGACUGCUGUCGCUGUAGCCCAUGUUGUGGAAGAACAACAAACGCAUACAGUUGCUAGUAAACCCACUAUGGAUAACCCACCAAUUGUAUUACCACAUUUGGCGCCAAGCUCACCUCUAUACUUUAACUUGCCAGAGACAUACGUUGGGCAGAACCAAACGCCACAUGCCACAUCAUCAUCUGUAUCAUCUUCUCCCCCAAAGUAUAUCGGUUCGGGCUCGACUUGUCAUUCUAACAGUCAAUGUCAAGUAUUUCCGCAUACGUUUCAAUCGUUAUCCCAUUGCCAUCCUAUUUUUUAACACAGUAGCCUUACAGCAAGGCUUUAAACAAUAAUUCAAGGAUACAACAAGACAUCAUAAGUUUAUUUGCAUGUAUAAAAAUAAAUUUAUGUAGUUAGAGCUGGAAACUGCAUUAUAUCUUCUAUCAUAAAUUAUACUAUUGUAUCAAUUAGCGCACAGUAACACUUUGUCCUUUGAUCCUUGUCCGCGUUAGCGAGGUGCUUCUUAAGUAGUAUAUGGAUUCACUCUUUGCAUAAGAAAAAACUAUCUAUAAUUUGAUACAAUUAAAAACAUCUCAAAGAUGUGAACAACCUACUUAAAUUCUUUUCCCGUCAUUCGUAAAUUAAUUCCCAAAAAUCAUACGGAAAGACUUUUGCUUAAAUUUAUUUAACGAACGUUUCUUUAAGUUUAUCAUAAAUUUCAACUUGAAUUACAUUCUAAAUAAUUUAUUUAUUAGAAUUUAUUUAUUUAUUUAACUCAUUGACAGGGUCGUAUCCAUUUGGAUAACAUCUACUAUGUAGAUAGGUUUUAAAUUUAAUAACUCUGAAAUCAUGCGGAUUAUAUUUUGAUCAGAUAAACUUGUUAUAAAUUCACCCAAUUUUUGUUACGUAAAAUUACAAUAGACGAGAGGCUUUUAAAUUAUAAUAAGUUUUAGGCUCGGCAAAAUAAUUUAAGUUGUUUCGCGUUAUCAAUCUCAGCCAUUUCUCUAAAAAUUAUAUAAAUAAAAUUACGAUAACAUAUUAAAUGGCAUGAGGAUUGUUUUUUCCGGAAAGUUGUAGCAAUCCAAUUUAAAUAAAUAUAUAUACAUUGGCUGGGCUACUUUGUAUUUAAAUUACAAAAUGUAUGGCGGGGGCUUUUCCCAAGUAUUUAAACUGAGUGGAGCUUUGAAACUUAAGCCUAUUUCCAGGUCAUAACUCUUAUACUCUUAAAUAAUGUUAAGCCAGAAAAUAGAUCGUUCUUCUCCACAGAUAGAAUGACUUAAAAAUACAAAUAAUCGAAAAGAAUUGCAACGAAGCUUGAAUUCCAAUUCCAACAAUUAUAACCAUACCAACCAUGAUCCGGAAAAACCUCCCUAGAAUAAGAUUUAAUUUGAAUAAAGCUAAUUAUAAAAUCGAUAUUUAUGUACCAAUUGUAUUUAAAUUAUGGUUCGAAUUUACAUGUAGAACAAGUCGAUGUAACAUUUUAGUAUUAGUCUGAUAAUUUCAACAAAGAAAAUAAUAAAUUCAUAUGCGGACACAGACACGACAAGUAUAAUUAAAUACUUGUAGCACCCAAUUAUA